UUACUCAUAUCAAGCUCAAGAACCAAACAUUGCACCAUAAAUGUUAUGAGUCUUGUCUCUUGGGACACACCUGCCGAAUUGUAUCGAUUAUCUUCAUCGCGUGAACCCCGGUUUCUUCACAGGAUCAAGCAUCGAAGGGCGGCUCGUUUUUACGUCGAGGAUGGCCAAUAAAUGCUUCGUACGCUGUUGUUCAAAACGUCAUCCAGAUAUCUUGUUGCCCAAUAAUGAGAGUCUGAUGCUGGGAAGGGGACCCCAAACAAAGAUUAAGGAGAAGCGUUGUUCCCGGGAACAAGUUCAGCUGUGGGCAAACUAUUCCAAGUUCAUCGUCCAACUCAAACAAAUUGGUCCAAAUCCGGCCGUGGUGAAUGGCAAGGAGUUUGUCAAAGGUGACAUUGGCGAACUUGAACACGAAGAGACGGUGGAAUUGCUCCCGGGAGAAUUCAAGUAUAAAAUCAUAUUCGAUCCCAAACCACCCAAAGACAAGUCAAGUCCUCUGAGAGACCCGAUUAAGCGCAAAAUGACGACUGAGGUCAAAACACCCCUGAAAGUGUCUAAAACUCAGUCAAGUCUGUUUGACGUCGACUAUGAUAUCACUGCCCUUGAGGGUUCGCACGGGUUUCGUUGGGAGAAGGUGCAAAAUGGAGACAUCUACGUAAUGACUUCAGAGUCAUGUGCCGGCAAAUCAAAGAUUGCGGCAUUUGACAUGGAUGGAACAAUAAUCACCACUCAAAGUGGUCGAGUUUUCGCCAAAGAUGUUAAUGAUUGGCGGAUCCUCUAUCCCGAAGUUCCUGGAAAAUUAAAAUCACUCCAUUUGGAUGGGUAUAAGAUUGUGAUUAUCACGAACCAACGUGGGAUUGCCAUUGGCAGAGUCAAAUUGGAUGACUUCAAGGUCAAAGUCCAGCGGAUUGCCCAAAAACUCAAUGUUCCAUUGCAACUUUUUUGUUGCUCGGGGGAUGGUGGGAUGUUUCGGAAGCCCCGGAUUGGAGUGUGGAAUCUAUUAAAGGCUCGGAUGAACGACAACAUCAGUAUUAACCAAGAAAGCUCUUUCUAUUGCGGAGAUGCUGCAGGAAGACUCGCUAGUUGGAUGUCGGGCAAGAAGAAAGAUUUCUCAUGUUCGGAUCGGUUAUUUGCCCUCAAUUUGGAAGUGGCUUUCCACACACCCGAGGAAUUCUUCUUGGGUCAGAAACCCACGAAAAAGUAUAACCUCCCCGAAUUCGACCCCAAAUCUGUGGAUCCCAAAGCUCCUUUGUUAGAGCCCAAAUCCACGGAAUUGACCUCAGAAACUCAAGAGGUCAUUCUUCUGGUUGGCGUUCAAGGGUCAGGCAAGAGUUUUCUGGCCGAGACCAUUUACGAACCUGCCGGUUACGUGGUGGCCAGUAACGAUCGGUCAGGUGGACGCGACAAAACCCUCAAAAUCCUCGCUCAAGCCCUUGACGCGGGUCAAAGCGUUGUGGUGGACAACACGCACGGUGAACGGGAUACACGUCAGAAAUUCGUGGAAGUGGCCCAAAAACGAGGCGUCCCUGUCCGAUGCUUCUUGAUGAAGGCUUCAGCUCAACAGGCCAGGCACAACAAUCUGUUUCGGGAAUUGAUUGGUUCGGAUCAUGCCAUGAUUAAAGAGCCGCUUUUCCACGCUUUCAAGACUUGUUUUGGAGCCUCAUCCAAAGCGAUGCUGCCGAGUGUCAUUGACGAUGAUCUUUGCGGAUGCUCCCUUGCCCAUGGCACGUUACCAAGAACCCGACUUAAACGAAGGCUUCAGCGCCAUUGCGAAAGUGAACUUUGUGCCCAAGUUUCGAAAUCCAGAAGAAGAGAGACUCUAUCGCAUGUAUCUUCAAGAGAAAUGAGCAUCAUAAUGAAGUGACAAAAAACCCUCAUACAUCAUGUUUUUUCCACUAGAACUUGAUGUCCUUCAACGUUGCAAGCUCGAAUGUUCUGGUGAUGUUUAUGUAUCGAGUUGCUUUAUGCCAAAUGACACUUUUAUUGGUGACAAUGAGCGCAACAGUCAGCCCCAUAUUCUGCACAGUUUCAGUGAUUGACCAGGAGAGUGUCGAGCGUGAAAUUCUGAAAUUCGAUCCGCCAUUUCAUUGUAAUAUGAAGCACAAAGAAUCUGUUCUCGAGCCCACGGAAUUACUAUAUUUGCCUAAAGCAUUCAACUAUUAGUUUUCAUAAUAAAAAUUAACGUCUUUCCAAGGC